AUGCUUUACGUCGCGACAAUUCGUGACGUCUUCAGUGCUGUCAAAAAAGAUGAAUGGGGUAUUCGUCUGAAAUGUGGGAGACAGUUGACCAGUGAACCAUUGCCAAGCUUCUUCACCGAGGACGAGUGGAAAGGCCUCAAGGAUUUGAAUUGGCGUACAAAUAGCCGUAUUCACGUUGGCAAGGUUCCCACAACCAGCAAAAAGAAAUCGAACGUCAUUCUCCCGCACGCCAUUUUCAGUGAAGAUCGGGUCGACAGAUACAAAUCUAUUGCGACUAGAGCAAGCGUGGUGUUCGAAGUAACCGAGCUCGAAGUGAAAAGAUGA